AUGGACGCGGUCAUCACUGACGACGACGACGACGACGAUGUCGACUGUACCACUCGACAGCGAAUCCCUGAUAAUAAAUCUGUAUCUCGACCGACCAGCUUCCCGAAAGUGGAUGGUUCCAAGCUGCACCUGAAAGGAGUCACCAGGAAAUCGAUGGCACCCUACUUGUGCAUAGCCAACAACGGAUACCCACCCAUCGUCUCGAAAAGGAUCACUCUUGAUGUAGAAUUUGCUCCCACUGUCGCUGCGUCGGAGAGUCUCGUCAGCGGUCCUCUGGGAUUUUCUGUGGAGUUGCAUUGCGUUGCCGAGGCUUACCCGAAAGCCAUGUAUUACUGGACGAAAAACGGUUCCAUGGUUUACGACCAUUCGAAAUAUGACCAGACAAACAAGGCCAGAUAUCCGUACGAAACCGAGAUGACCUUACGGAUAAAAAACUUGACUCACGACGACUUCGAUGUUUACGGCUGCGUCGCCAAAAACUCGCUGGGCGAGGACAGCGGAACCAUUCGACUUCUCCAGUACGGUGGCAGGCAGAAUAAGGAAAGCUGGUUCUCAUCGCCAAGCAAAUCUGCGGCUUCGGAAAUCCAAACCGGGGCCGCGUCUUCCGCUCAUCAACCCGUCACUGUUACCAUCAAUGAUCCCCCCUCGGCUCGCGGGAUCUCGACGGUGGCGGCCAAGAAAGGCGUCGCGUCGUGUCGGGGGUUAUCAGCCCCAUCAGCUGCAUGCCAUCGAUCCCCGACCCCGAUCGCUUUCAAACCGCGUGCCGGCGUCAAACUUCGUCGCUCCGGGGGAUCUUUUGCAUGA